UGAAAUUGUGUCUAUAUUUUUGGCGCUUGCUCCUCUUGCUUUUCGCCUCCAAGAGCGUCGCUCUCCCUCAAUCCUUUAUUCUCCUUGCUAGUUUUCUGCUCCUCUGUUUCUGCAAAACUUCUCUACUAUUUCUCUUUUUCAAUAAUUAUUUCUCAUUUUUCGUUCAUUAAAUUUCUCUUGCCUGAAUGUCAUAUAGAAAAUAGCAGAAACCAUGAUUUGGAGGGGUUCAUGCUUACAAAAUCUGCUUCAAUCUUUACGUCUUGGUUCUUUAUCUCAGCGUGGAGCUUGUAUUUGCUACUCGUCACAAGCUGCAUCUUCUCUACAGCAAGUGAGCAAACCGUUGGCUUCCUGUGUUGAUGGUGAGAAUGAGUACGCUAAUUUGGAUUGGGAUAAUCUUGGAUUUGGUAUCACACCCGCGGAUUUCAUGUACUCGAUGAAAUGUUCUAAAGGUGGAAGUUUUGAGCAAGGACAACUUAGUCGCUAUGGAAAUGUUGAAUUGAGCCCUUCCGCAGGAGUCCUGAAUUAUGGGCAGGGAUUGUAUGAAGGAACAAAAGCAUAUAGAAAAGAAGAUGGUCGUUUGCUUCUGUUUCGUCCAGAUCAAAAUGCCAUCCGCAUGAAGAUGGGUGCUGAUAGAUUGUGCAUGCCAUGCCCCUCCAUUGAUCAAUUCGUUGAUGCAGUGAAAGGAGUUGCUCUAGCUAACAAGCGUUGGGUUCCUCCUCCAGGGAAAGGAACUUUAUAUAUUAGACCUUUGUUGAUGGGAAGUGGUCCUGUAUUGGGCUUGGCACCAGCACCUGAAUACACGUUCCUCGUAUAUGCUUCCCCUGUUGGCAACUAUUUCAAGGAGGGCUUGGCACCCUUGAACCUGUAUAUUGAGGAGGAAUUUCAUCGUGCCUCUCGAGGAGGAGCUGGUGGUGUUAAGUCCAUCACGAAUUAUGCACCUGUCAUGAAAGCAAUAGGCAGAGCAAAAAGCAGAGGGUUUUCUGAUGUUCUGUACCUUGAUUCAGUGAAUAAAAAAUAUCUGGAAGAAGUCUCUUCUUGCAAUAUUUUCCUUGUGAAGGGCAAUGUAAUUUCUACUCCUGCUGCAAGUGGGACUAUCCUGCAAGGUGUCACUCGAAGAAGCGUGAUCGAAAUCGCUCGUGAUCAUGGUUAUCAGGUUGAGGAACGUGCUAUUCCAGUAGAGGAAUUGAUGGAUGCUGAUGAAGUCUUUUGCACUGGAACUGCUGUUGGUGUUGCUCCAGUAGGCAAUAUCACAUAUCAGAAUAGAAGAGUUGAAUACCAAAUGAGAGCUGAGUCCGUUUCUCAGGAGCUGUACUCAACUCUUGAAGGAAUCAAAACGGGUAUAAUUGAAGAUAAGAAAGGCUGGAUCCUUGAGAUUUAAUAGGGCCUCUUUCCAACUACAAGAGAGGCAUGUGAAUUUUUAGAACAUUGCUCAUAUCUCUGUGUAUUUCAUCAAAGGGCAAUGGAAAGAGAUAAAAGAAAAAGAAUAUGACAUCCAAUUCCAAAGCCGCAUUUUGGAACUUUGUUGGUCGCUCCUUCUAUAAUGAUAGAAAUGUAACCAAUUCCAAAUCCUGAAUAACGUUAUCAAUAAUAUGACUAUGAAGUUGAAUAUACAA